GCAAUAUAUAGUAUGUACAUAUGUUGUUUUUGAUUGAUGGAAAAGUCAUCGUAUUAUGGUGCGAAUAACACGUGAUUAAUUGUCGCUCGCGAAAUGACUGCCAAUUAUUACUUCGCGAUUGUCGGCCACGCCGACAAUCCAUUAUUCGAAAUAGAAUUCAAUAAUGCCGGAAAGAGAGAGGACGCGAAGAAAGAGGAUCAUUCGCAUUUAAAUCAGUUCAUCGCUCAUGCGGCGCUCGACCUUGUGGACGAGCAUACGUGGAAAACGACGAAUAUGCAUCUGAAAGUCGUGGAUAAGUUUAAUCAAUGGUUUGUCAGCGCUUUCGUGACAGCGACUCACAUUCGAUUUGUCAUGGUGCAUGAUAGCAAGAAUGAGGAUGGGAUUAAAAAUUUCUUCAAUGAAAUGUAUGAAACUUAUAUAAAGUACUCUAUGAAUCCAUUCUACAAAUUAAAUACUCCUAUUAAGUCUGUAGGAUUUGAGAAGAAGGCACAGUUGUACGGCAGAAAAUAUUUAUCUUCGUGAACUUAUAUAACAAUUGUUGUUGAAAACAAGUUUUAUAAAAAAGUGUUUGUAGCUUUUAUUUUUCUCCGCACUUUAUUUUAAAAACUGUAUAUUACAAAAUAUAUUAUUAAUAGGAGUCAUAAUAAAUAUGUACAUAUAUUUUAAAGAGUAUAUAUCAUUAAAUUCCUAAAAA